AUGCAAGCAUCACGCUCAUUACCUGCUCCUUCGCAACAACAGUCGGCCAACAUGAACCCAAGCCAACUAUCCUCUGUCAUGGAUAAAACCCAUACAAUCCACGACUCAGUCCCAUGCCACCACGCCAUCCAAGCUACUUUCCUUUAUCAAAGUAUGAAGAGGGGCAAAGUUUCGACGACGAUAUCUUCGAACUCUCUUCUAGAAGCCCGUCCACUUCCACCUCUGCGACUCUGUAUCCCGGGCCACGAUAGCAACCAAGCACACUCCUUGUUCACUUACAACUACAAUAGCGCCCAGCGGGACUUUCAAGGUCCACAUGAAGAAGAGCAGCACCAGCAUGUGUAUCCACCUGGACCCAGCUCGUCCGUUACGAGUUACACCACUCCCCUCAGCGUCCCACAAAGCAUCUCAGUAGCUGAACCGUCUUCGUCGUUAUCAUACUCACCACAACCUACCUCCCCACUGCACCCACCCGCGUCGAGUUCGACCCUUCCAUGCCAAUCAACGCCUCUGAUCAUGUGUUCUCACCUUCACCGACCACUGUCCCAGGUCGGUCUGGGUGUAUAG